UCGACUAUUAAUUUAUAGAAAUUUUACUAUAUAUUAUAUAUCUAUUGAUUAAUUAUGGUAUAAAUCAAACCAUAAUUACAGUGCUCACAUUUUUUGCGACUCUAAAUCAGAAUCAUCUAAUCUUAUUAAGCAUAUAACAACCAACUCAUAUAUAACUCUUUAGAUUGAGGAUUUAGGUUAAUUCAUAAAUAUAUACAUGCGUUAGGUAAGAAAAGAAAAGAAAAUGAGAGUACAUAAAUAAAUAAAACAGGGGAAGCUAAAAAAGAGAAAAAAAAAAUAGAAAUAAACAAGAGGAGAGUGUGAUGUAAAUGAAUGGGGACAUGGUGAAGGCCACGCGCAAUGGAGCGGUCCACACUCUCUCCUCCUCACCUUUAUAUUCACCAAAUCGGAUCGUCUUUCUCCUUAAUUCAGUCCUCUUCUUCUUCUUCUUCUCUUCACCACUGCUCUCUUCUUUCUAGCUCCCAUAUUGAUAAUUAAGUUGUUCUCACCACCAUUGAUCUUCCUAGGUUUUGUUUUUGUUUCCGUCACAUACUCGAAGAAAUAAUGGAGUCAAUGGAAUCUUGUAGCGUUCCUCCUGGAUUCAGGUUCCAUCCGACUGACGAAGAGCUUGUCGGUUACUAUCUAAGGAAGAAAAUCGCAUCGCAAAAGAUUGAUCUCGAUGUGAUCAGAGACAUUGAUCUCUACAGAAUCGAACCAUGGGAUCUACAAGAGCAAUGUCGAAUCGGAUAUGAAGAGCAAAAUGAAUGGUAUUUUUUUAGUCACAAGGACAAAAAAUAUCCAACGGGGACAAGAACUAAUAGAGCGACCAUGGCUGGAUUUUGGAAAGCCACGGGAAGAGACAAAGCUGUUUACGACAAAACAAAACUAAUUGGAAUGAGGAAAACACUUGUGUAUUACAAAGGACGUGCUCCUAAUGGCCAGAAAUCCGAUUGGAUCAUGCAUGAGUACCGGCUCGAGUCAGAUGAGAAUGCACCGCCCCAGGAAGAAGGAUGGGUGGUUUGUAGAGCAUUCAAGAAAAGAGCUACCGGGCAAGCCAAGAACACGGAAACUUGGACCUCAAGUUACUUCUAUGAUGAAGUCGCAUCGAAUGGCGUUAACUCGUUUACGGACCCGAUUGAUUACAUAUCUAAGCAGCAACAUAAACUUUUUGGAAAAGGUUUGAUGUGUAAGCAAGAACUAGAAGGAAUGGUUGACGGUCUAAACUAUAUGCAAUCAAAUCAAUUCAUUCAGCUCCCGCAACUCCAAAGUCCUUCUCUCCCGCUGAUGAAAAGGCCUUCGAGCUCGAUGUCCAUAACAUCAAUGGACAACCAUUGUAACUACAAAACCCCAUCAGAGGAUGAAGAAAGCUUCGAGUCAUUAAUAAGCCGAGAGAAUAAAAGAAAGAAGAAAAAGCAAGUAAUGAUGACGGGAGAUUGGAGAGAGUUAGAUAAGUUUGUUGCUUCACAACUUAUGAGCCAAGAAGAUAAUGGAACUUCAGGUUUCGCAGGUCAUCAUAUAGCUAAUGAAGAUAAAAACAAGAAUGAUGUGGAGAUUGAUUCGUCGAUGUUUUUGAACGAGAGAGAAGAAGAGAACAGGUUCAUCAGUGAGUUCUUGAGUACAAACUCGGAUUAUGAUAUUGGGAUUUGCGUAUUUGAUAAUUGAAUGAACUACAUAGAUGGCUAGAUGCCAUGGUGAGAUGUGUUGGUACGUUGCCUUAAACUUAAUAUGAAAUUAUUAAUUAACAGUAUAACUUAUUUUAAAAAGAUAUAUAUAUAUAUAUGGUUACCAUAUCUAGUUUUAUGAAAAGAAUGCGUUAGGGUUGUGAAUGAGUGAGGAUAUGAAUGUAUAUUACGUUACGUACUA